CAGAGUCCAAAGAUUUAAACACAAAAGGGGAAAAAACCCUAACUCUCCGUCGUUGUCGGAGAAUGGAGAAACCAGAAUUACUGAGCGAGUGAGCGAGCUUCGAUAUCUUAGAUUGAAGGGAAUCGAUCAAGUUACAGAGUUUCGAGAGGCUGAGAGAACGCGAGUCAUGAGGUAUUGAGGUUUAAAGGAGAAAGAAGGGAGACCUAGAAUCUUUUUAAUUUCUAUUCUGAACUCUGGAAUUUCAAGUCGAAAUCGAAGCAGAAGGCAAGCGCCUAAACCCUGAUCCUUGAGCUUGAAGCUUAAGAAGCUGAAAGAAACUUUGAGGCUUGAGUUUUGAAGCUUGAGUCGGUCAAUUUUAUUAACAUCCUGGUGAGAUUUUGAAGUUAGUUGCACGGUGCAGACUUGCAGCAGAGAGAGUGAGGGAGAAUAACAAAAGAUAGAGGAGAGCGAUGAACAAGGACAAGAUAUUCAAGCUUGCAAAAGGGUUUAGAGGAAGAGCCAAGAAUUGUAUUCGAAUAGCAAGGGAGAGAGUGGAGAAGGCCUUGCAGUACUCGUACAGGGACCGUCGCAAUAAGAAGAGGGACAUGCGCUCCCUCUGGAUUGAAAGGAUCAAUGCCGGCACCCGCUUGCAUGGGGUAAAUUAUGGUAACUUCAUGCAUGGGCUGAUGAAGGAGAACAUCCAACUGAAUAGGAAGGUACUGUCAGAACUGUCAAUGCAUGAGCCAUAUAGCUUCAAGGCCCUAGUAGACAUUUCCCGUAAUGUCUUCCCUGGAAACAAGAAGGAGAAGGAAAUUGUUCUGAGAAUACAAUGUGCUCAGUGCAUGUUAUAUUUACACAUGGUACACCCGCAUUUUCUGAGAGACCACAACCUUGUUGAUUCCUGAUUUCUUACAUACAUUGCAAUACUUGUGAACCUUGGAUWAGAGAUCUGGUGCUUAAAUGUAUUGAGACAAGUAGGAGAAGAAAUAAAUCAGACAACAGAAUCUAUGGAGUUGUGAACUGUAUUUACAGGAAAACUUUGAUAGGACGAUUUACCCAGAACGGGUAGGUCUCUUUUCCCUUGGGAGGGGUUGAAAAAAGAAUGCUUCAAGCAAGGAUCCAGUGCAUGUGAAACAAUUCCAGAGGAGGCCUCUUUAUCGUAAUCUGAUCCCUGAACUAGUUUUAAGGGUAGACGUCAGACGGCAUGCUUAAUGGUGUUCAUUCUCUAGUGUUUUUAUCUGGCAAUGAUCAAAAUAUAGAUAUCCGUA